AUGUCCUCCUUAUCAUGGGACUACAUCGCAAAACUAGUCUGCAUAGGCGACAGCGGAACGGGCAAAAGCAGUCUCACCAUCCGCCUCUGCGAAGGCCGUUUCUCGCCGCACCACGACGUAACAAUCGGGGUAGAAUUCGGCUCUCGAAUCGUCCCCGUCGGACCCCCCAACACCCAACCACCCAAAGCGAAGCCCUCCAUCUCGCGCGAUCCCUCGUUAGCGGCGAUCUCAAAUGGACUGCCUGAGCCGCCGCGGACGGAGCCGGUGAUCGAGCAGAAGCACAUGAAACUGAGUCUUUGGGAUACGGCGGGCCAGGAAACGUAUAAGAGUGUGACGCGCUCUUACUUCCGUGGUGCGUCGGGGGCGUUACUGGUUUUUGACAUCUCGCGACGGGGGACCUUUGAGCAUGUUCAGGAUUGGUUGAAUGAUUUACGGCAGAUUGCGGAGCCGGAUAUCGUUGUCGUGUUGGUGGGGAAUAAAAGCGAUCUUGCGACGGGAGAGGAAAAUAAGAGGGAAGUCACAGCGGAAGAGGCAUCUGAAUGGGCGCGUAAGAAUGGUGUGUUGGAGUAUGUGGAAACUAGUGCUAAGAGUGGGGAGGGGGUAGAGAAGGCUUUUGGAAGGGUGAGCGAGAGGAUAUAUCUGAAUAUCGAGGCUGGGAAAUAUGAUUUGAAUGAUCGACGGUCCGGCGUAAAGGGACCUGGGGCGACGGCGGGAAACCGUGUAAAGCUCAGCGCGCAGGCUCAGAAGUCGGGGGGUGGGUGUUGUUGA